UGAAAUUGACAUUCUUGACAUCUUGUGUCAACGUUUUUCUACUUUUUUUAUAUUCUUCUUUUUAACCAACAAAAGUCAUAUGUCAUGUCACUUUGACACAUAACCUAAAAUUUUCUUUAAUUUUAAUCACCAUACAGUCACCACCUGUCUUGUAACGGCAAUAUUUGUAUUCCGUUUUUUUGGUGGUUUUUAUUCUUUCUUAGCUCUAUUUUAUCGUUAUUAAUUCAGAACUACAUAUGUUUUAAAAUGUCCAUGUUAGCAGAGCCUAGACGGAAGCAAAAAUGGUCCCUAAAUCCUCGUGGAAAAGAAUGGUCGCAAGAUACAAACAAAUUUGGCCAAAAACUGUUGGAAAAAAUGGGAUGGAAACACGGCAAAGGUUUGGGAGCCAAAGAAAACGGAAUAACCGAGCACGUAAAAGUUUCAUACAAAAACGAUAGUGCAGGUAUGGGUUUCAAAGAAUCGAAUGAUCAAUGGACAGAGCACGAGUCUAAUUUUAGCGCUUUGUUACAAUCCCUAACAUGUGAGGAAAUUGAUAUAAGCACCAAAAAAUUUAGCUCACUGGAAGAAAAAUCGCAAGCAUCGAGGGCUAGAGUUCAUUACCAUAAAUUUACGAGAGGCAAAGACCUAAGCAGGGCUUCGGAGAAAGAUUUAGCAAGCAUAUUUGGUAAAAAAUCGCUCAAAAAACCUACACAAAAUGAAACCGAGACUAACAAAGACAACAUCAAUCAAGACGAAACUGAAAAAACCUCAUCGGAAUUUUUAGUAAAUGCAGGCUCGAUGGCAGAUUAUUUCAAAAAGAAAUUACCGAGUUUUGGUAAAACCAAUCGUUACGUCGUUGGUGCCAACGGGGUAUUGAAAAUGGAGGAAUGCGAUAUCAUAAAGCCAACAUUCGGAUUCGGUUAUAUUAGUAGCAAAUUAAAAUCAAAUGAUACAAACGAAGAAGAUGGAAAUAAUAAAAGAAAAAUUGAUUCAGAUUCCGAGAAAGCCAAGAAGAAAUUGAAAACAGACGAUGAUUGUGGUGUAUCGAAUCCCGCUUACAAUCCCAUGUCGACUCCCAUUAAAAUUAAAAAACGCUUUUUAAAUCCCAUCGCAGAAGAAGCUGAUGAGAAUUCUAACACAAGCAUUCAAACAGAAGGGACACAAGUAUCCGAUGAUUCGACACAAUUAAAAAAGGUUGACGAUGACAGUGAGAUAAAACCGAAGAAAAGGAAGAAUAAAAAUAUCAUAGUCCACGAAAAUAUUCGUAUUGAUAAUGUAGAAAAUACUAAUGGAUAUAUGUAUACGAAGAAGAAAACAGUGAAGCAAUUAGAGGUAGAUAAUCCAACAUUUAACGAAGCCGAAGAAGUCGCCACGGAAUCAUCGAAAGUAGAGGAAAAUCCAUACGAGAUCAAACCGAAAAAGAAAAAAAAGGCUAAGCAAUUGGAGCUGGAUAAUCCAACAUUUAACGAAACUGAAGAAGCAGUUACAGAAUCAUCAAAUAUGGAAGAAAAUCCAUAUGAGGUUAAAACGAAAAAGAAAAAAAAAGCUAAGCAGUUGGAACUGGAUAAUCCAACAUUUAAUGAAUCUAGAGAAAUAGUUACAGAAUCAUCAAACAUAGAAGAUAAUCCGUACGAGGUUAAACUGAAAAAGAAAAAAAAAUCCAAGCAAUUAGAGCUAGAUAAUCCAGUAUUUAACGAGUCUGAAGAUGUUGCUAUGGAAACAUCCAACAUAGAAGAAAAUCCUUACGAAGUAAAACUAAAGAAAAAGAAAAGAACGAAACAGUCCGAAGAUAAUCCUACAUUCAACGCAACAGAUGACGUUGUUAUGAAAGAAUCCAACCAAGAAAAUCCAUACGAAAUUAAACCAAAGAAAAAGAAAACGAAACAGCUAGAAAUUGAUAAUCCUACUUUUAACGAAUCGAAUGAAGUUGCUAUGGAAACAACAACCAUCGAAGUAAACCCUUACGAAAUUAAGCCGAAAAAGAAGAAAAAAUCCAAAUCAUUAGCAAUAGAUAAUCUAGGAUAUACAGAAAAUCAAGAACCACCUAAAGAAGAUUCUAACCGAUUCGAAGUGGCCUCAAAAAAGAUUAAAAAAAAGGACAAAGGCGUAACGAAUCCUGCUCUAGACUUAUCUAAUUCGAACGAAAUAGAGUGCGACUUGGUAUUAAACGUAACAUCAACACCAGUAACACAAGAAGAAACCGUCGAUACAUCCAAAACCAACGGAAAAUCUAGUAAGCGAACGAAAGAUUUGCAACAAUUAAUCAAAAAGAAGAGCAAAAAAGGAGUCGAUAACCACAAUUUCAACAAGCAACAAACCCAACUGGACGAAAACGUCGACGCGUUCGCUAAAACCAUCGAUAACUGCCAAGCCGAAGUGGAAAAUGAUUUGAACGAGGCGAAAACCAAUGUCGUUACAGUUGAUGACAUUAUGGUAGGCGAAGUGGGUAACCCGCACGGAGACAACGAACAAUUACCCGAUGGGACUAAAUUGAAAUUCAGGUUGGCGAAUUUGAACAAGAAAACACCGGUGUACCACAUCAAUCAAAUGGGGCCCAAGAAAUCGUACAAGCAUUUGAUCAAAGGUGAUAUUUUGUUGACGUUCAAGAAUACGAAUUUGCACGAAGUUAAUGGGUAUGGAGAUUUGAAUAAGUUGUAAAUAAUUGUAACUCAAUAAACGUUUGUCCUGGUUUCUAGUUAGUGGAUUUA